AUGAACAGACAUUUUAAAAAUGCGCAAGAGUUGGGACAAGGUCUAAGACGUGGAUUCGACGAUCAAACAAACAUCUACUUAAAUAAUGUGACAAGUAGUCCUCAUACUAGUCCAUCGGAAACAUAUUUUGUUUUAUACGAAAUUGGACGUCCUGAUAUAUGGUCCAAUGCCCAAAUACAGCUUUACGAAAAGGUGACUACAUUUGAAGGGAAAACGAUGUGGAAUGACUUGACGCAGCAGGGACCUGUAAGCGUAAGCACAGUUGACCCUAUUUGGAAGAAUAAUGAUUUGAGCGUUCGGUAUCGUACCAAAGACUUUAUCAAUAGAGAGGAGUUUGAGCUGCCCGCGGGUAGUUUGUGCCUGGUGCUUCCUCUUAUGAAACAAAGUAUAUAUUUAAAAGGGAAUGGUGAUAUUGGAAAAUUUGUAAUAGUGCCCAUAGACGACGUUAUAGUCGUCAAAUCGCAGAAAGAAAGUGGGAGAGAUGAAUUAAACAAUGCAGACCUGGAUACUUCUAUCAAGAAUAAACGUCAUGUAAUAAUAAGGACCAGUAGAGCUUUGAUGGGUGGAAGCAUGGCUGACCUUGAUAUUGUGGAGCGUGGAUCAGAUCGCUACUUGAAAUUACCUCAUAGGUUACCUCACCAUGCACAGUUGGACUUGGAAACUAGAGCUGAUGAAAAUAAAUUGAUUAUUCCCGGGUCCUCUGCGCGUCUAACGUCAAUCGUGUCUGAUACACGUAAACUACGAUCUACGCUAUAUCUACAAGUAACCAAUACUGGACUGGCUCCCGCAUAUUUUAGCCUUACUACACGUGAUUGUAAUCCACGGCUCGAUUUUAAUGAAAAUGAAGCAGUGACGCUCGAUACUGAAAAAUGUUUAAUACCACCAAUGCAUACGAAGAAAUUUACAAUGGAACUUCCUUUAGAGAAGUCUUUUGAAGAUUACACUUGUACAACCGAUGAUCCCAAAUUACUUUGUCGCAAUAUGCCUGAAUUGGAGCAGGUAGCAGCUGGUAUAUCUACUCUUGAAAGUCCGAGACGCACCCGUUCUGCCUGUUAUCCGGAUACAGUAUCAAUAAAUAUAUUUGUCGUGUUCAUUGGAGUGCUUCUGAUGCUAAUCAUCUUUGGGAUAAUAAAAGCGAUUCUAGGAUUAUUUCUACCAUGUGUUGGUUCGUGGGGUCUAGAGUUUGUACUAAAGGUUCCACGAAAACUUGACCGUUACUACGAGAGUUCUCUAAAAUGCCGCACCGUUGCUUAUGACAAGGAUGGUUGGCCUGUUCAUCCAGAUACUAAAAAGCGAAGUGUUCUGCUCGUCAGCAAAUAUAUGGAAUUCAUUCUUAAUGUUUUAAUGUUCGUAAUACUGCCGUGUGUUAUAUUAUGGGACGCAAUAAAUCAACUAAUUUUUAAGUGUCAAAACGUUGCCGAUGAAAAAGUCGGUGCCGACGUUCGCCAUAGCUCUUCUAGAAAGUGCUUCAGUACUCAAAAUAUGCAAACUUCAGAGCCACGUUGGCGCAGACGGACUGGUGGAAUGCGAAAAUGGAUGACGCCACAAGCUGAAGAACUUAGCACUGAUAUUUGGCAAUACGGUUUAUCACCUACGGGCGCUGUCGGUAGUAGUAUGCAGCCACUUCUUACUGAAACCACGAAACGAGGUGGCACUAUCGAGAAACCAGCGUGUCAGAUUGAUUCUGAGCAAGAUGAUACCGAAUAUGUUUUAAUGCAAAUGCAAAAAAGUAAAGAGUCGUUGGCUAUACAAUAA